GUUAUUUCUCAAAUAUCAAGUCUUUGUCGUAUUACACAAGCUAAAACCACUCCCCUCCACCAAAUUCGGUCAACCAACAUAAGUCUAGUUCUUCAAGCCAACUAAACUCGAACAAACCGUAUCCGAUUCAUAGUUUACUCCCUAUUCCCGUUUUCUCUGCAAUUUCGAUCAGUCACACAACAACAAAAAUAUAAAAUAUAAUUUAAAUAGAAACAGAAACAGCAGUUUACCCACCAUCAUCACAAUUGAAAAGAGUCCCAUCAAAAAAAGGCAGAAUCUUCUUAUCUUUAUCAGCCUAGCUAAUUAACUUGGAUCACACCAAAGACAAACUCCAUACGCAUACAUAUAUAUGAUUCUAAACUCACAGUUAUGAUAAUACCGCUUAUCACAUAUUCUGUUUCAUGACGUCUCUUUUUAAUAAUUGAGCUCUUCGUUCAUUCCCUGGCAACAUAACUACCAUAUUAACGAACGAAUAGUUAUGUUUCCGUUUUUCAGUUACUUUAACUUGUUCUUCUUCUGCAUGACCCUCUUCCUUUGCCGCCCUUGCUUUCCCGCCAGGAUCGUACCCGAGUCCGUAACCGUGGUAACCACCGAAACCGAAAAAACCGUAACGCAUAACGCCAUGUGGCACGACUUCUCCAAGUUCCUACACGCCGGGCGAGGCAGCCACGUCAGCGGCAUGUCGGAACUGAAAAAGUACUUCCACCGCUUCGGCUACCUCUCCCUCCCCGAAACGACGCCGAAUUUCACAGACACCUUCGAUUCUCAAUUCGAGUCCGCGCUCGUCCGUUACCAGAAGCGCCUCGGCUUGCCGGUCACCGGAAAACUCGACUCCGGCACGAUUUCCGCGAUCGUGGCGCCGAGGUGCGGCGUCUCCGACGCCGCACCUCACGGAUUUCGCGCCACGCGUCGCUACGCUUACUUCAACGGGAAGCCGCGAUGGACGCGCGGAACUCCGAUGACUCUCACGUAUGCUUUUUCUCCGUACAACAUGAUCGACCGCGUGAGCGUGCCGGAAAUCCGAGCGGUGUUCGAGCGUGCGUUCGCGCGGUGGGCGUCGGUGAUUCCGGUGAGUUUCCAGGAGACGCCGGAGUACGAUAGGGCUGACAUCACGAUCGGGUUUUACCUCGGGGAUCACGGCGACGGAGAGCCGUUCGAUGGAGUUUUAGGCGUUUUGGGGCACGCGUUCUCCCCUCAGAACGGGAGAUUCCAUUUGGAUGCGGCGGAAACGUGGUCCGUUGAUUUCGAGCGCGAAGCGUCGAGGGUGGCCGUUGAUUUGGAAUCGGUUGCCACGCACGAGAUAGGUCACGUGCUUGGGUUGGGUCACUCUUCGGUGAAGGAAGCGGUCAUGUACCCGAGCCUCAGCCCCAGGAGAAAGAAGGUUGACUUGAAGAUUGAUGACGUGGCAGGAGUCCAAGCUCUUUAUGGCUCCAACCCAAACUUUACUUUUAGUUCUUUGUUGCAGUCUCAGAAUUCAUUAAACGCUGCUGUUGGGUUGGAAACCGGUUUCUAUAAAUGGACCCUCUCUUUGCCUCUUCUUGCCUUGUUCGCAUUAUUUUUAUCUGCUUGAUUUUUUUUUUUAAUACAUGUAUUUUCAUUCUUUGAUCAUAUAUUGUUAUAUGAAAAAGAAAAAGAAAAGAUAGAAAUUAAAGUUCAAUCACAUGGGCGAAGCCCUCGUGAUUCAUCGUA